CACUUGAUUGAGUUGAUUGCCGUGGAACGAUUUAAUCAAACCCAAAAUAAAGUAAUAAACGCACAUGCAAUGUAUUAAUAGAUCUUGCAAAACGCUUGUUGCAGUGGUAAUUAACCUUUCAAACCGUGGUUUCGUUGCACCUGACCGCCUACGAGCUUUGUUUAGUACAGUUAAAAUGUCGCUCGAACAGGCUAAACAAGUGGCCGCGAGCCGGGCGGUGGAUGAAUUUGUGACAAACAACUGCAUUUUCGGUGUAGGAAGCGGCUCCACAGUGGUCUACGCAGUCCAACGCUUGGCCGAACGUGUAGAAACCGAAAACCUGAAGGUAACCUGCAUUCCAACAUCCUUUCAAGCAAAACAACUGAUUGUUAAACACAAUCUAGUGCUGGGGGAGCUCGACACAAACCCUGAAAUCGAUGUAACUAUAGAUGGAGCUGAUGAAGUAGACUCUAACCUGACAUUAAUCAAAGGUGGAGGCGGAUGCCUGCUUCAAGAGAAAAUUGUAGCCUCAUGCUCAAAGAAACUUAUAGUAAUAGCAGACUAUACUAAAGACUCUGCUAAACUUGGUGACCGCUACAAAAAAGGGAUUCCAAUAGAAGUGGUCCCCAUGGCCUAUGUUCCUAUUAGAAACAAGAUUGCUGCAUUGUAUGGAGGUGAAUUGAAACUAAGAAGUGCUGUUGCAAAGGCCGGACCCGUGGUGACUGAUAACGGUAACUUCAUCCUAGAUUGGCUGUUUACUAACCAAGACCUGGACUGGGAGACAGUAGACAGAAAUAUUAAAAUGAUACCGGGAGUUGUGGAGACAGGGUUGUUUGUCAAAAUGUGCCAUAAAGCCUACUUUGGACAUCCUGAAGGCAAUGUUGUUGAGAGAAGUUAAAGGAUUGAGGAGAACCAACUGUCUGAUAAGCUUAAACUGCAUGCUCAAUAAUUUUAUACAGGUUAAACUUGUAUUUAAAGAUUUAAGAAACUUUUUUUACUAUUCUUUUUGGGCUACUUUUAUUACCUACUAGUUUUUAAGUAUAACUUGCAUUUAAAAAACAGUGUACUAUUUGAUCUGAGAAAUAUACAGGUGUUAUCUAUAAA